AUGAAUAUUGCACAGACGAGAAAGACACACAAAGCAAUCUGGAGUCUACUUGUGCUCAUGGGAGCUACACUUCAGGACUCGUACAAUAGUGCAAACCCAGGUAGAACCUAUAGCUUUGAAAAUUAUCCUGUGAAUGUCACUGAAAUAUCUAUAUGUAGACAAGGCAUUAGAUUUAUUGGCAGCGAUGUUGGGAGGUUAGUGAAACUAGAGAAGCUGGAUCUCAGUUUUAACAAUCUCGAGACAUUGCCACCCGAGAUAGGAAAAUUGAAGAAUUUACAGCAUCUGGAUCUAUAUGGCAAUAGGCUCUGGACACUACCAUCUGAGGUAGAAGAGUUGAAGAAUUUACAGUAUCUGGAUCUUGGUAAUAACCAAUUUGAAUCAUUUCCAACAGUGAUAAGAAAACUAAAGAAUCUAGAAAGACUGAUUCUCAACGAUAACAAAUUUGGAUUAUUACCAAUUGAGAUAGCAGAGCUAAAGAAACUACAAUGCUUGGAACUUCGUGGUAACAAGCUAAAGCUAUUACCAGACGAGAUAGGAGGGAUGAAGGAACUACGAGAACUGAUUCUCAACGAUAACGAACUUGAGUCAUUUCCAACAGUGAUAGCAGAGCUGAGGAAAUUACAGACCUUGAAUCUCCGUGGUAACAAGCUAAAGCUAUUGCCAGACGAGAUAGAAACGUUGAAGGAACUACAGACCUUGUAUCUUGAAUACAACGAAUUUGAAUCAUUUCCAACUGUGAUAGUAAA